CAAACCAAGAAAAGGGCUGCUGUUGCAUUCCACACACAAUUUAAAGAAAAGAUCUUUUCUUCUUCUCUUUCAAGAUUUCUCCCAAUUCUAAUUUCAUCCCAUUUUCUGGGACUAUCCUCUGCAUUGAGAAAGCAAGUGUUGAAGUUGCAUGGGUGUAUAUCCUUCCAGCCCUCUCACAGUUAACUCUGAUUUAGACAUCAGUUUUGAGUCCUUCAUUGCAAAUCUGAUAAGCAAUGACAAGAUCAGUAAGCCUAUAAUUGAGUCCAUCAAUCUCCAAGGCAUACAAAAUGAGGGUGAUGACAUUGACAACAAAUGUAUGUUUGAUGAUCUGAUGAGCCCUUUGGCUGGAUCAUUGAUGGGGAUUCUCCCUCAUUCUCCGAAACACGAGGCAGCUAUAAAGUUGCAGAAGGUUUACAAGAGUUUCAGAACUAGGAGGAAGUUAGCAGAUUGUGCAGUUCUCAUGGAGCAGAGCUGGUGGAAGCUGCUAGACUUUGCGGAGCUCAAGCAUAGCUCGAUUUCCUUCUUCGACAAUGACAGACACGAGACCGCCAUCUCGCGCUGGUCAAGAGCAAGAACCAGGGCUGCAAAGGUUGGAAAGGGGCUGUCCAGGAAUGGAAAAGCUCAGAAACUUGCUUUGCAGCAUUGGCUUGAAGCUGUGAGCAAUUCCACCAUCAUUGAAUUUUUGUUUGAGUAUUUCUUGAAUUCAUUUGGAAUGUUUACUGAUUUGAUUGAAUUUGGUUUUGAGCAGAUUGAUCCACGGCACCGGUAUGGCCACAAUCUCCAUUUCUAUUAUGUUAAAUGGUUGAAUUCACAAAGCAAAGAGCCCUUCUUUUAUUGGCUAGAUAUUGGAGAAGGGAAAGACAUCAAUAUUGUCGAGAAGUGCCCUCGUUCGAAACUUCAGCAACAAUGCAUCAAGUAUCUUGGCCCGAUGGAACGAAAGGCGUAUGAAGUUGUGAUUGAGGGUGGGAGGCUCUUAUACAAGCAGACAGGGGAGCCCCUCCACACCACUAGGGGUUCUAAGUGGAUUUUUGUCCUCAGCACGUCGAGGACAUUGUAUGUCGGGAAGAAAAAGAAGGGCACGUUCCAACACUCAAGUUUCUUGGCAGGCGGAGCCACACUGGCUGCCGGGAGGAUAGUAGCUGAAAAUGGAGUCUUGAAGGCAGUGUGGCCUCACAGUGGUCAUUACAAACCAACACCAGAAAAUUUCCAAGAUUUCAUAUCAUUUCUCAGGGAGAAUAAUGUGGAUCUCAAUGAUGUUAAGCUUGAUUCCACCGAUGAAGAAGAAGACCAUCUGUACGAUGCAUCAGAAGAUGAUGCAGCUUCAACAUCCUCAGAUAAAGCUCAGCCUGCAGACGAAAGCACCACAGGUGCUUCUCUGCAGACGCGCCAAUCAAGAGGCUUCAGUCGAGAACUGACUGCCCUCGAGAUACCUUGCAAAGAUAGCUUGUUAGAGAAGCUGAUGUCUGAAAAACAAAGAUCAACCUCUGAUGAUUUCCUCCUAGAAUCACCGACUGAGUCCGAUGAGGCCAAGGCCGAAGAGGAGAGCAUUUCACAAAGAAUCAGCCAACACAAAGAAAGCAAGUCUUUCCAACUGGGAAAGCAGCUUUCUUGCAACUGGAGCACCGGGGCAGGCCCUCGGAUAGGCUGUGUGAGAGACUAUCCUUGGCGCCUCCAAGAACGCGCCUUAGAGGAAGUGAAUCUGUCUCCAACAAGCAUGCAACGGCUGAGAUUAGACGCCCCUUUGCCAUCUGAAUCGCGACGAGCAGGCAUCAGCAUUCUUUCUUGCCGGACUAGUAGUGUUCAUUCCACAAAACAGUGCUCACUUCUUCAUUCACUCUCAUACUAAACUAGUGUUCAUUUUUUGAUUUUAAGCAAUUUCAAGGGAAUUCUUUGGUUUUUCAUUGCAAUAGGAAUUCCCAUCAUUUUUAUAAUUUUUUAACCAUUUUUUUAGAAUACCCAUGUACAUCAAUUUUGUUCUCCAAAUCUAGUACAGAAUACUAGAAGAUGAUGUAGGUUGUAUAUAUAUUUUGACAAUGUAACUCCUUGGAAUAUAUAUGUGAUUCUUUCCUCA